CCGCCCUACUUCAAAAUGGAGCCAGUGGCCACCCAGGUGCAUCUGGAGGGCAACCGUUUGGUUCUGACCUGCAUGGCAGAGGGCAGUUGGCCGCUGGAAUUCAAGUGGCUUUACAACGGCACAGAGCUGACUCGCUUCUCCCUGGAGUACAGGUAUCUCAUCCCGUCGCUGCACCGCUCCCACGCCGGCUUUUACAGAUGCGUCGUGAGGAACCGGGUCGGAGCUCUCAUGCAGAGGAGCACUCAAGUGCAGGUCGCCUAUAUGGAGGAGUUUGUGGAGAAGGAGCGGUCUCAGGUGGUGUCUGAAGGAGAAGCCGCUCUCAUCUUUCCCCCACGGAUCCCCAGUUUCCCCCGGCCUCAGAUCACGUGGUUCCGGGACAAACGCAAGAUUCCUCCCAGCAGCCGCAUAGCUCUCGCUUUAGACAACACGCUGGUCAUCUUGUCUACAGUGGCACCAGACGCUGGUCGCUAUUAUGCCCAGGCUGUUAAUGACAAGAACGGAGAGAACAAAACCAGCCAGCCAGUUAUUCUCAAUGUGGAGAAUGUGGGCGGGCCUGCAGACCCCAUUGCUCCCACCAUCAUCGUCCCACCCAGGAACACCAGCGUGAUGGUCGGGACGUUCGAAGUCACCCUGGAAUGUGUGGCCAACGCAAGACCCCUCAUUAAGCUCAGCAUCACGUGGCGUAAGAACGGCGUGGUGGUCAAUCGAGGUCUGAGGGACUUCGGUCGGCGGUUGACGAUCAGCGGGCCGGUUGUCGGUGACAGUGGGUAUUACGAGUGCGAGGCCUCUCUGCGCAGCAGCAGCGUUCCAGCUGUUACUGCUGGAGCACAUCUGCAUGUACUUGAACACCCUCAGUUUGUGAAGGAGCCGGAAAGACACAUCACUGCUGAAAUGGAAAAGGUGGUGGACAUCCUGUGCCAGGCCCGUGGUGUUCCUCAGCCAGAUAUCAUCUGGUAUAAGGAUGCGGUUCCUAUCAACACAGCGAAGACCCCACGCUACAGGGUCCUGGUGGGCGGCAGUCUGCAAAUCAACGGCCUUCUCCCCGACGACACCGGGAUGUUCCAGUGCUUCGCUCGGAACCUGGCAGGGGAGAUUCAGACCAACACCUACCUGGCUGUUACUAGCAUCGCACCCAACAUCACCGCCGGCCCGACGGACAGCUCCGUGAUCGACGGUACAUCCGUCAUCCUGCACUGCGAGACAUCGGGGGCACCGCGGCCCGCCAUCACAUGGCAGAAAGGUGAGCGCGUGCUAGCUAGUGGCUCAGUGCAGCUGCCCCGCUUCACCCUGCUGGAGUCCGGCAGCUUGUUGGUCAGUCCCGUCCACCUGUCCGAUGCUGGAACUUACACCUGCAUGGCAAGCAACUCCCGCGGCAUUGACGAGGCUUCCGCCAACCUGCUGGUGUGGGCUCGUACCCGGAUCACCAGUCCUCCUCAGGACCAGAGCGUGAUCAAAGGCACCAAGGCCACCAUGACCUGCGGCGUGACCCAUGACGCCAGCGUCACCGUCAGGCACGUGUGGGAGAAAGGAGGUCUAGCCAUUGAUGUGAAUUCGAGCCCGAGGCUACGCGUGGACCCUAACGGCACCCUGCACGUCGCCCAAACCUGGUCCGGAGACAUCGGCACCUACACCUGCAGAGUGACCUCUGUGGGGGGCAACGACUCACGCAGCGCCCACCUCAGAGUCAGGCAGCUUCCUCAUGCACCGGAGAACCCCGUCGCCAGGUACAGCUUCACCGAGAAGCGCUCCAUCAAUCUGACGUGGGCGCAGGCCUUCGACGGUAACAGCCCCCUCAUCCGCUACAUUCUGGAGGUGUCAGAGAACAAUGCCCCAUGGACGGUGCUCCUGGCCAGCAUAGAUCCGGAGGCGACUAGCAUAAUGGUGGGAGGCCUUAUUCCUGCACGCUCCUACCAGUUCCGCCUUUGUGCCGUCAACGACGUGGGCAAGGGUCAGUUCAGCAGGGAGACCGAGAGGCUGACCUUACCUGAGGAGCCACCCAGCGCCCCUCCUCAAACAGUCAUUGCCAGCGGCCGGACUAAUCAGUCCAUCAUGAUCCAGUGGCAGCCUCCCCUAGAGAGCCACCAGAACGGCCUGCUGCAGGGUUACAUUAUCAGAUACUGCCUGUCAGGUCUUCCGGUGGACUGCCAGAUCAAAAACAUUACAAACCCAGACCAGACCAACCUACUGUUGGAAGAUCUUAUCAUUUGGACCAACUAUGAGAUUGAGGUGGCUGCCUACAAUGGUGCAGGUCAGGGCGUCUUCAGCCCGAAGGUCACAGAGUGGACCCUUCAAGGAGUUCCCACAGUCCCGCCAGGAAAUGUGCAAACCGAGGCUGUCAACUCCACCACCGUUCGAUUCACGUGGAGCGCCCCGAGCCCGCAGUUCAUCAACGGCAUCAACCAGGGCUACAAACUGUUAGCCUGGCAACCUGGGCAUGAUGAGGACGUAGCCGUGGUGACAGUCAGGCCCAACUUUCAAGACAGCGUACAUGUGGGGUACAUCGCCGGGUUGAGAAAGUUUACAGAGUAUUUUACUUCAGUGCUGUGUUUUACCACACCUGGGGAUGGACCUCGGAGUCCUUCACAGCGCAUUCGCACCCAUGAGGACACUCCAGGACCAGUAGGUCACCUGAGCUUCACAGAGAUCCUCGAUACAUCUUUGAAAGUGAGCUGGAAGGAGCCGCAUGAGAAGAACGGCAUUCUCACAGGGUACCGAAUCUCCUGGGAGGAGUUCAACCGCACCAACACGCGAGUCACGCACUACCUGCCCAAUCUCACACAGGCGUACCGUGUGACCGGACUGACCGCCCUUACCACCUACACCAUCCAGGUAGCUGCCAUGACCUCCAAGGGCCAGGGCCAACUCUCCUCUUCUACCAUAUCUUCCGGAGUGCCACCAGAAAUGCCAGGUCCUCCCACCAACAUUGCCAUCUCUAACAUAGGCCCUCGCUCGGUGGCCUUGCAGUUCAAGCCUGGCUAUGAUGGUAAGACUUCCAUCUCCCGCUGGAUUGUGGAGGCCCAGAUUGGAGUCAUUGGAGACAAUGAAGAGUGGUUAACGGUCCAUCAGCUUUCCAAUGAGCCUGACAUACGUUCUCUUAUAGUGGAAGGUCUCAACCCGUACACCUUCUACAGGUUUCGUAUGCGUCAGGUUAAUAUAGUGGGAACCAGUCCUCCCAGUCAACCUUCUAGAAAAAUCCAGACGCUGCAGGCUCCACCAGACAUCGCCCCUGCCAAUGUCACCCUUCGCACGGCCAGUGAGACCAGCCUCUGGUUACGAUGGGUGCCUUUGCCGGAGUGGGAGUACAAUGGCAAUCCGGAGCUGGUGGGCUACAGGGUGCAGUACUCUCGGGCAGGUAUGAAAGCAGGAGUCCUUUCCCACGUCAUCUCGGACAGACUGGAGAGAGAAUUCACAAUCGAGGACCUGGAGGAGUGGACCGAGUACGAGGUCCGUGUUCAGGCUUUAAAUGGCAUCGGCUCAGGACCAUGGAGCCAGCCGGUCCAUGCCAGGACCAGAGAGUCAGUGCCUUCCAAUGGUCCCUCCAACGUCUCGGCCUUUGCCACAACCUCCAGUAGCAUCCUGGUCCGCUGGGGAGAGAUUGCAGAAGCUGAUCGUAAUGGACUCAUCCUGGGCUACAAGGUGGCAUAUAGGGAGAAAGACUCAGAUUCAUCCCGGCUUUUCUGGACAGUGGAGGGGAACACCAGUCACAGUGUCCAGCUGACCGACCUGGCCAAGUAUGUUCUUUAUGAGAUCCAGGUGCUGGGCUUCACACGUAUAGGAGACGGUGCACCCAGCGUGCCUGCCAUCCUGCAGAGAACACUGGAUGAUGUGCCCGGGCCCCCAGUAGGAAUUCUCUUUCCUGAGGUCAGAACCAGUUCAGUCCGGCUCAUAUGGCAGCCUCCCGCUCAUCCCAACGGCAUUAUCCUCGCUUAUCAAAUUACGUAUCGGCAUAACUCGUCCAACAGCAGCUCCGCAGUCGUGGAUGUCCUCAGCCCAAGUGCACGUCAGUAUACGGCUGUUGGGCUCAAACCGGAGAGCGUUUACGUGUUCCGUCUCACGGCUCAGACCAGAAAGGGCUGGGGGGAGGCCGCAGAAGCCUUGGUGGUCACUACAGAAAAAAGAGCUCGCCCACAACCCCCCAGUCAGCCUGUCGUACCUCAGGAGGAAGUGCAGGCUAGGAGUGUGCUGCUGUCAUGGGAACCAGGCAGCGAUGGCCUUUCUCCGGUGCGCUACUACACCGUGCAGUACAAAGAGCUGCCCAUCAUUGACUGGAUUGUCCAUUCAGCAUCGGUCAACCACGAGGCCAGCUCAUACAUAGUGGACAAACUUAAACCCUUCACCUCAUACCAGCUCCGUGUUAAGGCUACUAAUGACAUUGGGGACAGUGACUAUAGUGAGGAAAGUGAGGCUAUAACCACACUACAGGAUGCUCCAGACAAAGCUCCUACAAUCAUCUCAGUCACUCCACACACCACCACCUCUGUGCUGCUGCGCUGGAAGACCCCCACUGAGGAGCAGAUUAAUGGCAUCCUGCUGGGCUUUCGGGUUCGAUACAGAGAGCUACACAACGACCGGCUUCGCACUUUUACUGUUCGUACCGUGAACAACCCUCUGGCUAGCUGGGCUGAGCUGACAGCUCCCUACACUGUCAGGAACCUGAGUGAAUCAUCACUCACCCAGUACGAACUAGACAAUCUGAGUAAACACAAGCGCUAUGAGAUCAGACUCAGUGUGUACAAUGCCGUCGGAGAGGGGCCCAUCAGCUCACCACAGGAAGUGUUUGUAGGAGAAGCAGUACCCACUGCUCCACCUCAAAAUGUCGCGAUCCAGUCUUCAACUGCGACCCAGCUCGAUGUCACAUGGGAUCCUCCACCUUUGGAGGCUCAGAACGGGGACAUUCAGGGCUAUAAGAUUUAUUACUGGGAAUUCCAGCUGCAAAACGAGACUGAGAAAUUGCGUACACUCUUUCUGCCCGAGCUGGGGGUGAAGCUGAAGAACCUGACAGGCUACACCACAUACAUGAUCAGCGUUGCGGCCUUCAAUGCUGCUGGGGACGGACCGCGCUCUCCGCCCACCAGAGGGCGCACUCAGCAAGCAGCCCCCAGUGCUCCCAGCUUUAUCCACUUCAGUGAACUCACCACCACCUCUGUAAACAUGUCCUGGGGAGAGCCCAAGCAUCCCAACGGCAUAAUCGACAGCUACCGUCUGGUCUACGAGCCCUGCACUGCUGUUGACGGUGUCAGUAAGGUUGUUACAAUGGAUGUGAAAGGCGGGGCCCCACUUUGGAUGAAAAUUAAAGACCUGGCUGAUGGGGUGACCUACAACUUCCGUAUCCGUGCCAAAACCUUGACGUACGGCCCGGAGGUGGAGGCCAACAUCACCACAGGGCCUGGAGAAGGUGCUCCCGGGCCUCCAGGUGAGCCGUUUAUUUCGAGGUACGGCACGGCACUCACGCUUCACUGGACGAGCGGCGAUCCUGGACGAGCCCCCAUCACGCGCUAUGUUAUAGAAGCUAGACCAUCUGAUGAGGGAUUGUGGGAUAUCCUGAUUAAAGACAUCCCUAAAGAAGUGACAUCAUACACUCUGAAUCUGGACAUGCUACGAGAAGGGGUCACUUAUGAUUUUCGGGUCAUUGCGGUCAACGACUACGGGUACGGCUCUCCCAGUGCUCCUUCUCCCUCUAUAGCUGCCCAGAAAGCCUCUCCUUUCUAUGAAGAGUGGUGGUUUCUGGUGGUGAUCGCGCUCGUAGGACUGAUCUUCAUCCUCCUGCUUGUUUUUAUCCUCAUCAUCCGUGGACAAAGUAAAAAGUACACCAAGAAAAGUGAUUCAGGUAGCCAUUCAAACUGCACAUCUCUGCCCCUCUCCCAUGGAGAGAUGAUGAGGCUGGACGAGGGUCGAUUCCCAGCAAUGGAGCUCAACAACAGGCGUCUCUCCAUCAAGAAUUCCUUCUCCCGCAAGAACGGCAUCUACACUCGAUCUCCUCCUCGUCCGAGUCCAGGUGGUCUGCACUACUCUGACGAGGACGUCAGCUCCAAAUGCAAUGACCUGGUGCCCGCCGAAAACAGCAGUCUGACUGAAAAACCCUCAGAGGUGUCUGACUCACAGGGCAGCGACAGCGAAAAUGAACUGGAUUCGGCCCGACAGAAAACACACUCCUUCGUCAACCACUACAUCAGCGACCCGACCUACUACAACUCAUGGCGGCGUCAGCAGAAGGGCGUCUCGCGGCCACCCGCGUACAGCUACGGACAGUCGGAGGGCACGGCAGAGCCAGAGUCGCGCCCUCAGGCUCCACCUCUGCCGCCUCUGCCUCCGCUCCUGCCCCACAACACUCCAUCCCCACAGCCGCUAAGUCAAGGCACGCUGUUCAGGCCCAAGGGCAGUCGGACUCCAACUCCCUCGCUGCUGACUUCUGAGGCUCACAGCCAGCACGGCCUGUACAGGUCCCCCAGCAGCCUGGGCUCCUCCGCUCAGACGCCAACCACAGGCUUCUCAUCUUUUGUUUGAUACAA